CUAGCCAUGAGGAAAAAUAUCAUCAAUACACACUGCUCUUUUAUAAACCCUCCCAAUGUAAUUAUACCAGACAUUGGGAAAGAAAUAAGAAGGAUGGAAAAUGGAGCAUGCAGCUCUUUUUCUGAUGAUGAUGAUGAUGAUGAUGAUGAUGAUGAUGAUAAUGAUAGUGCCUCAGUAUUUGAAGAAUCAGAGAAUGAAAAUGCCCAUUCAAGAGGUUCCUUUAGAAAUGAUUCACACAAAAGUGGACCAUCACAGAGGGAUCAGUACUUGCCUGGGGUCAUUGCACUUUUCAAUGUUAACAACAGCAGCAACAAAGACCAAGAACAAAAUGAAGAGAAAAAAAAGAAAAAAGAAAAGAAGAGCAAGUCAUAUGGUAAAAAUGAAAACAAAAAGGACCCAGAGAAGAAAAAGAAGAAAAAAAAGGACAAAGAGAAAAAGAAAGAGGAGAAAAACAAAGAUAAGAAAGAAGAAAAAGAAAAAAAAUAUAUAUACACACACACACACAACUAAAAAAAUAAAAAUAAAAUACAAUGGAUACUUUUUUUUCUGAAGUUGGUUAUUUUAUUUAUACAGUUUUUCUCUUACAGAGCAUGUUUUGAUGAACUGCAGUCUGAUUACAUAAUAUACUGGCUCUUUUGCGAUUAUAUGUCUGAUGUAGUCUAUCUUCUCGAUAUGUUUGUGCGAACAAGAACAGGUUACCUAGAACAAGGACUGCUGGUGAGGGAAAAACUUAAACUCAUAGAGAAAUAUAAAUCAAACUUGCAAUUUAAAUUUGAUGUUCUGUCAAUGCUACCAACUGAUUUACUAUAUUUUCAACUGGGGUGGAACUACCCAGAAAUUAGAUUAAACAGACUGUUCAGGAUUUCUCGCAUGUUUGAGUUCUUCCAGAGAACAGAAACAAGGACAAACUACCCAAAUAUCUUCAGAAUUUCUAACCUUGUUAUGUAUAUUGUUAUCAUUAUCCACUGGAAUGCAUGUGUGUACUACUCUAUUUCAAAAGCUAUUGGAUUUGGAAAUGAUACAUGGGUCUAUCCUGAUGUUAAUGAUCCUGAAUUUGGCCGUUUGGCUAGGAAAUAUGUAUAUAGCCUUUACUGGUCUACACUGACUUUGACCACGAUUGGAGAAACACCACCUCCUGUGAGGGAUUCUGAGUAUGUCUUUGUGGUUGUUGAUUUCUUGAUUGGAGUGUUAAUUUUUGCUACCAUUGUUGGUAAUAUAGGUUCCAUGAUAUCCAACAUGAAUGCAGCCAGAGCAGAAUUUCAAGCAAAAAUUGAUGCUAUCAAGCAAUAUAUGCAUUUUCGAAAUGUAAGCAAAGAUAUGGAGAAGAGAGUUAUCAAAUGGUUUGACUAUCUGUGGACCAACAAAAAAACAGUGGAUGAGAGAGAAGUCUUGAGGUAUCUACCUGACAAACUAAGAGCAGAGAUUGCUAUCAAUGUUCAUUUAGAUACACUAAAAAAGGUACGCAUUUUUGCUGAUUGUGAAGCUGGUUUGUUGGUGGAGUUGGUCUUGAAAUUACAACCCCAGGUUUAUAGUCCUGGAGAUUACAUUUGUAAGAAAGGAGAUAUUGGGCGAGAAAUGUACAUCAUUAAGGAAGGUAAACUUGCAGUGGUAGCUGAUGAUGGAGUCACUCAGUUUGUGGUACUGAGUGAUGGCAGCUACUUUGGUGAGAUCAGCAUCCUUAACAUUAAAGGCAGCAAAGCUGGCAAUCGAAGAACAGCCAAUAUUAAAAGUAUUGGAUACUCAGAUCUCUUCUGUCUUUCAAAAGAUGACCUGAUGGAAGCGCUAACUGAAUAUCCAGAUGCCAAAUCUAUGCUAGAAGAGAAAGGGAAGCAAAUCUUGAUGAAAGAUGGUCUAUUGGAUUUGAAUAUUGCAAAUGCUGGAAGUGACCCAAAAGAUCUCGAGGAGAAGGUUACCCAAAUGGAGGGUUCAGUUGAUCGCCUGCAAACUCGGUUUGCUCGUAUCCUGGCCGAGUAUGAGUCAAUGCAGCAGAAACUGAAGCAACGACUAACCAAGGUUGAGAGAUUUCUGAAACCAAUUAUUGACACCGAAUUUUCAGCUAUUGAUGGAUCUGAGCUUGACAGUGGGCCCAUUGACUCUACACAAGGUUGA